GCCCGCGGCCGCGUGCGUCACAACCCCGGCGCCUGCCCCGCCCGUCCAGCUCGCCUGCCCGUCGGUCCCCGCGGCGGCCGCGACAGGCCCGCCGUAGUAGCUUAGGGCUGCGCGGCCUGGAAAGCGGACCCGGCCAAAGAGUAGUGCGACGCGAGGAAGGCCGGACCAGGGCCGCGCGUGAGGAGACCUCGCGCCCGCCGAGCGAGAGGCCGGCGAAAGGAGCACGGAGGUUGUGGCCGCCGGGGGCCUGGACCCGCCUGUCCCCUCGGCCGCCGCCGGCAUGAGCCACAUCCAGAUCCCGCCGGGGCUCACGGAGCUGCUGCAGGGCUACACGGUGGAGGUGCUGCGGCAGCAGCCGCCUGACCUUGUCGACUUCGCGGUAGACUACUUCACCCGUCUGCGCGAGGCCCGCGCCCAAGCUUCAGUCCUGCCCGCCGCCUCUUCUUUGGGCUACCACACGCAAGAGCUCGGCCCGGACCAUGUCGCCGACCAGGACAGCGACUCGGAGGAGGACGCGGACUUGGAAAUUCCAGUUCCUGGCAGAUUUAAUAGGCGACUAUCAGUCUGUGCUGAGACCUACAACCCUGAUGAAGAAGAGGAAGAUACUGAUCCAAGGGUGAUUCAUCCUAAAACUGAUGAACAGAGAUGCAGACUUCAGGAAUCUUGCAAAGAUAUUCUUCUUUUCAAAAAUCUUGAUCAGGAACAGCUUUCUCAAGUCCUCGAUGCCAUGUUUGAAAGGAUAGUCAAAGUUGACGAGCAUGUCAUUGACCAAGGAGAUGAUGGAGACAACUUUUAUGUCAUAGAACGGGGAACCUAUGACAUUUUAGUAACAAAAGAUAAUCAAACCCGCUGUGUUGGUCAGUAUGACAACCGUGGCAGUUUUGGAGAACUAGCUCUGAUGUACAACACCCCAAGAGCUGCUACCAUCGUUACCACCUCAGAAGGCUCUCUUUGGGGACUGGACCGGGUGACUUUUAGAAGAAUCAUAGUGAAAAACAAUGCAAAAAAGAGGAAGAUGUUUGAAUCAUUUAUUGAAUCUGUGCCUCUCCUUAAGUCACUAGAGGUAUCAGAACGAAUGAAGAUUGUCGAUGUAAUAGGAGAAAAGAUUUAUAAGGAUGGAGACCGCAUAAUCACUCAGGGUGAAAAGGCUGACAGCUUUUACAUCAUAGAGUCCGGUGAAGUGAGCAUUUUGAUUAGAAGCAAGACUAAAACAAACAAGGAUGGUGGGAACCAGGAGGUCGAGAUUGCCCGCUGCCAUAAGGGGCAGUACUUUGGAGAGCUUGCACUGGUCACAAACAAACCCAGAGCUGCUUCAGCUUAUGCAGUUGGAGAUGUCAAAUGCUUAGUUAUGGAUGUACAAGCAUUUGAGAGGCUUCUGGGGCCCUGCAUGGACAUCAUGAAGAGGAACAUCUCACACUACGAGGAACAACUGGUGAAGAUGUUUGGCUCCAGCAUGGAUCUAAUUGACCCCGGGCAGUAGGUGUGCCACACCCCAGAGCCUACUCAGUGUGACACCAAAACCUUCCGGUCAGCCACAGAACACAGAAAACAGACACGACAGAACCGUUCCUGCUGUUGCCACCGCUGCUGCCAUUGCUGUGGUUAUGGGCAUUUAGAAAACUUGAAAGUCAGCACUAAAGGAUGGGCAGAGGUUCGACCCACACCUCCACUUUGCUUCUGAAAGCCCAUUAUUAGACCACUUGUAAUGAUUACUCCAACCCAGUUUUUACAUCUUUGGUUCAGAAUGGCAUGUCUCUCCAACAAUUUAAGUGCCUGAUACAAAGUCCAAAGUAUAAACAUCCUCCUUUCCUCUCUUGCUGCUACUAUUGCUUUUGGAAGUUACCACAAGGUCUGCAGAAAUCUAUAUAACUGUGGACACCUCUUCCAGUCUUUCUCAAAGGAAGAAAUGUUGUAGCCUUCAGUCUCUUCAUUUGUCCUUUGAGGAAGUCUACAUUUGUUCACGAUUGCAGCCUUUGGUUUUACAGUGAAAAAUGGAGGCAGUGAGAUGGACGUCUGUUGUCCAGUGGCAUUGUACUGCCUACUGACAGCUGCACACAUUAUAGCUGUCUUCACACCCACAGUGAUGCUUAGGAAAAGGCCCUGCCCAGGAUACUUAGGCAAAGGCCCUACCCAGGACCAGUAAGUCAGCACCCUAGAGCAGACUGAAAGAGCGACGAGACCCAUGUUAGAGCAGAAACUUUGGGUUUGGCACAUUUUACCUGUAGUAGAGAUCCAGGAAAGGUUUUCUGGGUUGGGGGUUUUGUUUUUUAAUUUCUUUAGUAGGUUUUGGUUUGUUUAACCUCUGUGCAGUUUGCAUGAAUGAACUAUUACCCAUUUAGAAGGAACCAGGGUCUGGAAGGUUGACAUAACUUUAUCCAACCCAGAUACUUUCUUGAGCAACUCCUGCCAUUUGUUUCCAGUUGUCCCUAGCUGGUAUUGGCAGUAUACUGGCAAGAGGUUAUACUACAAAGAGAGCCCUUUCCUUCUACUCCAGAGUUGUUACAUAGUUUUGUCGUUGAACCCAUCAGUUUUUAAACUCUAAAGGAGAAGCUGGUUUUUUUGAAAUUAGAGAAAAUUAUUUCUCUAUUUAGGGAAUUCUACUUGGACAUAUUCAUAUGUAUAUAUGGCAUCUGUCAGCCAAUUCAGGCAUUCAUCCUAAAGAUCAACAACUCUGUUUUAAAAAACUGGCAUCAUUUACAAUUUCAUAGAAUUACUGUAAAGGCCUUUCUUGUUAAGUUGUUGGGAUAUUUGGGGUUCCAAUUGUUAAUCCCAGAAGAAGGUAAUUUGGCUUGUAUUUAAAACUUUUUUAACCUUUUAAUUAUAUCAAGUAGAAUUCUGGUGAAUUAUCCUAAUUAUCUCUAUUUCAGAAUGAAUUUUCUUUUCCUUCAGAAUGACUUAGAAUCAGAUGCUAUAAGGGCUACUAGGAGCAGUGUGAAAUUUGCAUAAAAAUAAAUUUGAGUGCCAUGGCCAAGUUUAUAUUAAAUGAAGAGGCCCUUUCCAAUAUGCUUUUUUGUUUCUUUUUAUUUGUAUAACUCAAUAAAUCCCUAAGAGAUAUGUGCUGGGGCUUGAGUCAUUCCUGUUGUGGAUAGUGAUGGAGCCCACACAGUCACCUUCCACUGUCCACAUAAGCUAGGCUUUCUGCUCUUGGACGGUGUGGUUGAGAAAUUUCCAGAAUGGAUAACCCAUCACAAUCUUGGUAAUUCCUCCAUUUUCUCUUAUGCUCCAUGAACUGACAGCAAAAGGACUCUUUUCAGACUGCCCUAGGUAGCCUACAUUGUAACUCUCAGAAUUAGGAAAGGUUAUAACUAAUACUCCAAAACAGGCAGCUAGCACUGGUAAAGCCCAUGUGGUGAUCCCCUGUUUUCUUAAGGUUCUUCUUUUCUAUGAUGUUGCUUUAUUAUCAAAUAAAUUCAGAAAGCAGUUCUUGCACUUUAA